AUGAAUUUUUCAAAUUUAGACUUAUUUUCUCAAUAAUUCUAUUUUAACUUAAAAAGCUCUUAAAUAAGGCAAGGAACAUUAUUCGGUUCGUUAUUGUCAGUCUUAAUAAUCGGAUUGACUGCUUACUAUUUUGUGUAUCUCUUGAACUAAUACAUAAAUAAUCUAAUAGCUCCUAACUAUAAAGCAUAAAAUUACACUAAUGAUGGGUCUAUUGAUCUUUAAUUAUCUGAGGACCUGAUUGCUUUUAGAUUCGAAUCUGAUUACAAUCUUAGUGUUGAUGUAUUACAAUAAAAAACCAAUUAAACUUACAUUGUUUAUAUGGCCUACUUCCUAUAUUUACAAAAUAGCAAUUAUAUCUAUAUACCUUUAGAUAUAAUAAAAUGUUCUACUCCUGAUUUACUAGGUUAUUAUUGCUUAGAUUACUCAAAAAUAUCUAACUAUACUUUAGUUUCUAAUCAAAGAAAUAACAUUUAGUCUCAGAUUUAGUUAAAUCUUUAUGGCUGCCAUGAUUUGGACUAUUAUAAAACAACAAUUCCUGAUAAUUGUGCAAGUCAAGACAAUAUAAAUAAACUGAUUAAUGGUGUAUUCGCCUCUUUGAAGAUUAGAAUUAAAACUUCUUAAUAUAAUACAACGUCUUAGUAAAUAGAAACAAGUUACAGGAGCAGUCUAAUUUAUGGAUUAAGCAAUCAGUAAAUACUAACAACAGUAAAAAUAUUAGAAUAAAUAACUAAAGUUAAGUAAGGACUUUUUAUUUAAUCAUCAUCUAGUUUCAGUUCACCAGUAUAAUAUAACAUAGAAAAUUAAAGCCUAGACAAGCAAUCUGCAUAUUAAUUAGUUGGUUUAGAUCAAUUUAUAUAGGUAAACAUUUUGCUUGAUGAAAUGUUUCAAAAUGUAGAAAUUUAAUUCCCUUCUUUACCUUAAAUAUUUUCAUUUGUUUAUAGUGUUUUCUCAAUGCUGAUGCUUGCAGGAUUCAUAGCUAGAAAAUUCUCUCUAAGUACAAUUAAAAAAGAUUUUAUAAUGCUCUUUUUGUAGAACUAUUAUUAAGGCAUCUAUAUGCAAAUUUCUAAAGACAUCAAGCUAGUAGAAUAAAAUGAUCAAUUAAACCUUCAACCUCUUUAAACAAUCAUAACUCAGCAUUAAAAUUCGCAGGAUUAAUACAACAAUGAAGAAUGCGAUGAAAAUCAAAUUCAAGAUGAAAUCGAAAACCAAUAAGAAAGAUUUAAAAAUCGCCUGCCAUCUAUUCCCUUUUAGUAAAAGUAAGUAUUAGAUUAAAAAUAUAAAACUCCAAAAAUAGAAUAAUUAAAGGCAGAAGAUUAAUCAAUUAGCACUUUAGAUCAAAAUAGUAUAAGUAAUUAGUAUAAUAUGCUUUAAUACUAACAACAAUUAUAAUAAUGUGAUGUAAUCGAAUCAAAUACUUGUUAAAGAGAAUCUUUUGAAAAUAGUAAAAAUAAUUCGAAUUUUAAAAUUUUCAAUUAAAUACCUAGUAAACUCAAAAAGUAGAGAACUCAGAAACUUAAUUUUACAUUUAGUGAGCCUAAUGAGUAAAAAUUACAUACAUUAUCACCUCCAAAAUAGGAUUUUAAUACAUCUAACACACCCACUGCUUAAAAUGUAAUAAAUACUAAUAAUGAAUAAAAUAAAGAUUUUAGAAAAGCUCUUCAAUAGUUGCAAGUGAGUAAAAAUGCAAGUAUUUCUACAAAAAUUGAUAAAUUUUUAUUUGGAUGCAGGUGUUGGAAGCCAAAAAAAAUUACAUAAAAUUUCAAUACGAAAUAAUUAUAAAAAAUAGAAAAUUAAAUUGAUAAAGAACUUGAUAUUUUUAGAAUUUACAAAGACAUUUUGUUUUUGAAAAAAGCUGUGUAUAUUAUGUUAAGCCAGGAACAAUUAGCAGCCUUAUAAUUAAUCGGAUGCAGUUUUAAUUUCCUUGAUUUAGAUUUAAACCAACUAUCUGAAAGUAUAAAUAAGCAAGUUAGCGAUAUCAUUAUCUGA